UUUCAUCCGAUUUUGGCUUUGUAACCACAUCUAAUUUCUGGUUCGAUUCGAUUAAAUAAUCUAAUUUUAUUUUAUUUGAUGUCAACCCCGGGUUGCUGUAAAUUUGGUUACGAUUUAAUGCUGGUUUAAAAAUCACUGUACGGACACCCGUAAAAUUGUAUAGGUUACGUGAAAAAGAAAACAGUAUAUAAAUCUACAUUAUUAAAAUUUUGUUAUAGAUUAAAUUCAUUAAGAUUCGAUAGAUUCUAUUCCUUACAAAUGUAGAGUUGCUUGUUGUCUUACUACUUACGACUCUCUUCUACCUUUUUUCCUCCUAUUGCCGUCGGUUGAAAUUAAACCAAAAAAAAAAACAAAAAGACGAUAAAGGUUGAAGAAGAACAAUCAAUCAAUCAAUCAAUCAAUUGUCUUCUUCGUCCCCAUGGAAAUCGAGGUCUCGAGCUCGACUCAGGGUACCGUCGAUUUGGAUAGUAUUCGUGUAAAGCGAAAGACGUUGCAGAAUCUACUCGACGAUUGCCAGAGAGCUCUCGAGCUGCUAAACCUCGCCGAUACUUCUCCCGGCGGCGAUAAAACCGAAACAGGUGGUUCCGGAGAGGAUAAUAUCAACCUCGUUGGCUCAUCGGAGAGGGAAGAAGAAGAGUUUCCAGGAGAUCCUGAAGCCGAUAAAUUCUAUGAUCUUAUCAAGUCUAGAGUUGAAUGUCAUGGCUUUAGGGAGAAGAUAGAGCUAGCUCAAGUUUCACUUGCUGAAGAAGAAGAAGGUAGCUCUUGGGACGUAGUUAGUGAAGAUGAUAUAUUGGGUGUGGUUCAAACGGAAGAUGAUUAUGUUGUUGUUAGAGAAGAAGAUAUAGCUGAUGGUAUUGCUUGUUUCAUGGCUACUUAUUUAUCUUCCCUUAAACAGACUAAGGAUAUAUCACCUGAUCAGCUUCAGAAAGCACUCAGCACCAUGUUUUCAGUGAAGAAGAGAAAGGGGAAGCUUCGUAAAGCAUGGGAAGGAAGUAAAGUUAUUUACAACGUAGCUUCUUGGAGCGCAACUGCGAUAGGUAUAUAUCAAAACCCGAUGAUCCUGAGUAUUGCAUCCAAAGCCUUCUGGGUGUCUUGCAAGGCCAUAUCAAAGCUUGUCUGAAUUGUCUCACUCACAUGGUGCUCAUAAAGUUACAACAGCCUCGACUCUGCAAUGUUUUAUAUCAAUUUAAUUUAUAUUUGUACAUAUGCCUUUUGUUUGAUCCUUAUUCUCUGUGAUGUUUACUCUCAACAUGCAAUGUUAAAACGAUUAGUUUGAUCUCAUAUUCGAUGUGCUUGUUUCUGAA